UGUUGACAGGGUUGGUGGUGUCAGUGUGUAUAAAAGCUCACAGCUGAGAGGCAGACAGCACGUUUGGAAAAAGAUUUUAGCGAGGCCAAAGGGCUCUUCACUUGCAGCCAGCAGCUCCACUCCUCCGCCGCCUAAACACAGAAGCCAUGACUGAGAGACGUAUUCCUUUCACCCUGCUCCGCACCCCGAGCUGGGACCCAUUCCGUGACUGGCACCAUCGCAUCUUUGACCAGUCCUUCGGCAUGCCAGCCCAGCCCGAGGACUUCACCACAUUCCCCAGCACCCACUGGCCGGGGUACAUGCGGCCCUCCAUGAUGACACCGGACAUGAGCCUCAUGGGCCAAAUGAGCCCCAUGAUGCCCCACGCUCCCCUGAUGUACCCAGCCCCCAUGAUGGCCCAGCAGGCCCGUGCCCUGUCCCGCCAGAUGAGCAGCGGCGUGUCGGAGAUCAAGCAGACCCAAGACAGCUGGAAGGUGUCCCUGGAUGUCAACCACUUCUCACCUGAAGAGCUGGUGGUGAAGACCAAGGACGGUGUGGUGGAAAUCACUGGCAAACAUGAGGAAAGGAAGGACGAGCAUGGUUUUGUGUCCAGAAACUUCACCAGGAAAUACACCCUCCCCUCCACAGCCAACAUUGAGAAGGUGUCCUCCACCCUGUCUCCUGAGGGGGUGCUGACCGUGGAGGCUCCUUUGAUCAGACCGGCCAUCGAGUGCUCAGAGACCACGAUACCUGUCAACGUGGACAACAAAGGUGGCGUGGUGAAGAAGUAGGAAGAAAAGCAGCGCGGUGUCUCCCCCCACACACACACACACACGUACACAUAUUCAACUACGCACUUUAUGCCUAUAAACUGCUUCUGGAAAGAUGAAGAAGCAGCUGAUCGCGCUUCCUAAAGCAGGCUGGUUCACACGCCAAAGAGAGGAAAGCAAGGGAUUGCCCUUGCUCUUCUCUCUCCCGCUCCAUCUCUGGUAAUGAGCCAACCCCAGCUGAGUGCACUGUGUAAACACAUCUGCAGUAGUGCCAUAUGCCUGCUCUUUCUGCCAUAAUUACACUCUUCAUUUGAAUGUAGAAAAUCUGAGCUUAGCCCCGCUCACAGCUUUCUUUCUCUCUCUCUCCCUCACUAACACACACAUACACCUUUCUCAUUUCUAUUCAUGCAGCCUGUACUGACCACCUAAAGGCAACAGUAAAGCGGACUGUAAUAGCAGGGAAAUUAAAGAACAAAGGUCCAAGGAGAGAAUGUAAGCGUAAACACUGCGGGACUGGACUCGAAAUAGACUGGUUGUAUCUGUUGUAGCUAUUCAGUCAUGCGAAUACAGAAUAAAGAACAAACAACAGA